AUGUCCGUUAACGAACACUACUUUCCAAUCGGCAGUACUCUCAAUGACCAGGCUUUGGGAGGCGUCGUCCUGAGCCUUCACGUUAACCUGGCCCGUCUCAUGUCAACACUUAUGGCAGAUCUCUAUGUCGCUGACGGCAGCUUGGAAGCGUCAUACCUCUCUAAAAUUACGCAGGGUCUGGUCAAGCUGGCAGCCUUCGCAGACCAGCUUGACCGCACCGUCAAGGAGCGACUAACAAGCUCGGUGGGAUCUCUCCCAAAAGGAGCCACGCAACUUCUGCGUGAUGCUCACCACAAGGCCCCUGCUGCUGAGCAUCCUCCAAAGGCUAUUAAAGUCCGCUUCCUCGCAAGUCAUGAAAUCGAGGACGCUUUCGGCACCUUUGCAGAGUCCACUGAAAACUUGCGCGGACGCGGCCUUGCUCAUGCUGAAAACCUGGCAGAUACCUUCCUCCCAUUUGAUCUUGAAUACUGUUUCUCGGCAGCAUCGGUACUCGUCCUUCUCGACGACGUACUACACUGCACUGCGGUCGAAGGUGGCGCCAAAGACCUUGCGUUGCAGCUCCUGGAGGACAUGGCCAGUCGUGGCAGCGCGCCGGCCAAGUUUCGUCGGGCACAGCUCGAGAGACUACGCGUGGCGUCUAAACAUUUCUGGGAAGAUGCAGAACGUCGAGAACGCCACCACGUUGUAACACAAACUGCUGCAAACACGUCCGGUUCGGCUUGCGCCACCACUCAGGAGCCACAUCGUCGCAUAUCGCCAUCAACCAGCACGAACCCGAUACAACUGGCCAGUGUUUCUGAUGAGCGUCCAACACAUCAAUACCCAGCCGAAGAGCUCAUGGCCCAAGGUCAAGUCAUCCAAUGCCCCGAUUUGGAGCCAAAUGGCAUGUCUUCCUUCAUCGACGAAAUCUUCGUGGAUGACGCAUUGCCCGAAUUUGACCUCUUCGCUACUUAUGGAGACUGGAUGUCUACCGAUGCUCUGUAA